AUGUCCGACGUCCAGUCCCUGCUGCUGCAGACCAUCUUAUGGUCCAUCAUCCUCGAGUGCGUCGUAAUGGGCUCCUCGCGGGUCCUCAAGUGGCCUGUGCUCGUGCUCCUCAUCUUGUGGAUGGCGGUGGACCUGGUAUGCUAUGCGCUUGUGCGGCUUCUCAUUCGCGGGGUCGACCUCAUUCAGUCCGCCCUGCGGCCGGGCGACAUCUCUGCGCUCCUCGAACGACUCGACAAUGCAAAAGACUACCAAUCGUGGUUCGCAUUGGCCGAGGCAGCGGACGAGAAGGAGGGCCGCAUGGCUUGGCGGCGCGAGCAGCACUCUCGGCUCUUCGACGCGAACGCUGUCACGAGGAUGACUGCGCGCCUCGCACAGGCUCGCGCAAGAAAUGACGUUCCAGCAGUCAUUGCCGCUCUGCAGGGCUGCCUUGUCACAAACGCGUACGGCGUGAAUCGGGAGCAGAACUACCUGUUUGCGCGGACCGGGCCAAAGCUACCCGUACAGAAUUUUGUCAGCGAGGUCUGCACUUCGAUUCGUUGGCUGCAGAGCACCGGUCAAACCGCGUCGAGGGCAGAGGCGGAGGCCACGCUCGUCGCCGUAGAGCGCGAGCAAGCAUCGCAUGGCAACCCAGCGCUGAUGCUAAGCGGUGGUGCCGCUCUCGGAACGUACCACUUCGGCAUCCUGAAGGGGCUCUUCCUACACAGCUGCCUCCCGUCGGUAAUCUUUGGCGCGUCCGCGGGCUCGAUCGUCGGCUCGCUCGCGUGCUGUUGGACCGACGACGAGCUGCGCGACUUCUUUCAGACAGACGAGGGGUUUGAGACUCUGUGGCGGGGAUUCAUAUACGACGCGGAGCCGUUUCGGGAGCAGCUCAAGUUCUUCACCAAGGGACUCACCUUUCUUGAGGCCUAUGAGCGCUCCGGCCGCACUCUGGUCAUCUCCGCCACGCCAUUCCGCGUUGGGCACUCAGGGGGCGGGCACGGCCCGCCUCUCAUGCUCAACUAUCGCGAUGCGCCCAAUGUGGACAUCGCCUCCGCCAUCUGCGCCUCGUCGGCCGUGCCAGGACUCAUGGACAAGACCGCGCUCCUGGAGAAGGCGCCCGACGGUUUCCUGCGCACAUUUGGCGGCGACGACGAGGCCUCCUCGGCCAACGGCAUGCGCGAUGGCAGUUUUGAGGCCGACAUGCCUCUUCAAUACCUCGCAGCGCAUUUUGGCUGCUCCUUCGCCAUCGUCUCUAUGGUGAACCCGCAAGCGCCCAGCGCGCUCAGCCUGUUCUUGUUCACCUUGGGAGAGGGGGGGUUCCUAAUGGUGAACCUGUCCGGCAUGCCGCCCUUCCCAACCCUGGUCCACCCCUCGGGCGACUCGUUGGGCUGGGGUUGCUGCACCUGUUGGUGCUGCGGGUGUGCCUGCGGUGCUGCGGCCGGAGCUGCAGCGGCGGCAGGCGGUGCUGCGGGCGGUGCCGCGGCGGAGGUGGCAGCAGGCACAGGCUGCGGUGGGGCACUGCCCUCCUUGGCCUGCUGCCGCUCCCUGUCCCUCUCCCACUGGGACUGGGGCUGGACAAUGAACUGCUUGCCCAUGGGCGUCGGGUUGACGCUGAAGCUCCACCAGUUGCGCUCCACGGCGAGCUGCGAGAGGAUGCGAAUCAUCGCCUCGUCUUGCGGCGCCACCGCCUCUCCUGUGGCUUGCGCGCAUAGUUUGAGCCUGGCCGCAACGGACGGGCCAUCGCGAGCGUCGGCCAUGGCCCCGUUUCGCCGUUUUGUAAAGUUUCCUUCGCACAGCGGGCUGUACAAGAUAUUGUUCCCUAUCUUCGCAUGCUCGUCGUUGGUGAUAUCCGCGCGAGGUCAUACGCCACAGGCCAGCAAUCACUCGAUGAUGAGACUACACUGA